UAAAGCGCGUCUUUUAAAAUGGCGAAAAAAUCGUUUCCUGUGGCUACAUGGCAUCAUUAAAAAUUGAUGCCCCCAUCUGUCCGGUUAUUUUUCUAUCAAUGCAUUUAAACCCUACAUUUUAGUCAACAUUUUUACAUAAGAAAAUAUGUAGAUGUCCAAGCGGAUCGCCGACUUCCGAUUUGUUGUACGACAAGUCAUAACAUGUCCAGUGCGUCCGUCUUACCGUCUUCUCCCGAUCUCGGCUGCUUGCCAAGGGUACCUGACGUAAUGCCUGAAGUCAGAAUUUAAUUUUAGGCACGACGAUGGAUUCCUGAAUUCAUUGUUGCAUUCAAAGUUAAAGCAAUGGGGACAUUGUAUGAAUGUCUGAAAGAAGCAAGGCUAGAAAAAUAUUAUGAAAUAUUUCGAAUCAAUGGAAUAACUCGCUCAGAAGCUUUGGCAAGACUUGACCCAGCAGAUUGCGAUGCUAUCGGGGUCACUUCUCCCCAAGAUCGUAGACGGCUGAUCGACCUUAUAGAAAUCAUCAAAUCUGUGAAUGACGCAGACCCACUGUAUAUUUCAUCAGCACCACGACAGAGUCCUGUGACAAACAAGAAAACACCGCUAAAACGGAACCGUGCCCCAGGGAGUGGGGGUGGGGAUUACACCGGUCAGAGAUUGACCCCAACAAACAAUGUACGGGUGGUGGAGAGGUCUCGCUCUUCACCCUCCCAGGCACAGGCACUGGGGUUCUCUAGCAGUGACGAAGAAUCUGAGGCAGAUUCAUCCGAUCAAUCCGAUUAUGAACCAGCCUCCAAACAUCUAAAUCCUGCCUCUCCUGUCGUUAGAAAGAGAGCCAAAAACCGGCGUGUGAAACAGACUGGUUAUAACUAUGGAGUGCCAACAAAUGUUAGCUCCUCUGUCAGAAGUUCAAGAUCAUCUUCAGCUAAACAUGGGGGUGGGGAUGAAAAAAUAAAAGUUUGUGUUCGUAAAAGACCUUUGAAUAAAAAGGAGAUAAAGUGUGGUGAGUCGGACAUUGUGGCAGCAGUCAGCACCACCACGCUAGUGGUCAAUGAACCGAAAGUGGCAGUGGAUCUGACCCCACACACACUACAGCAUGAAUUCAUUUUUGAUGAAGUGUUUGAUGAAGCCUGCAGCAAUGAAGAUGUGUACAUUCGUGCGGCCAGGCCUCUUAUCAACUGUAUAUUUGAAGGAGGAAGUGCGACCUGUUUUGCGUAUGGACAGACGGGAGCGGGUAAGACGCAUACUAUGAUUGGCUCACGGGAGGUGCCGGGCCUGUACCUGCUGGCAUCACAUGACAUCUUCUCCAUCAUAGAGUCCGGGAGAUAUGGGCAGGGUAUUCGUGUCUGGGUCAGCUAUUUUGAAAUUUACUGUGGAAACCUGUAUGACCUCCUGAACAAAAGAAAUAGACUCCAUGCUCGUGAGGAUGGUUCCCACAAAGUGUGCAUUGCCGGUCUGACAGAAACCGAGGCCACGGACGUCCAGUCUCUACUGCAGAUUUUGGAAUAUGGUAAUUCUGUUCGGAGUAAAGGAGCAACUGGAGUAAAUCCGGACUCAUCUCGCUCCCACGCCAUUCUCCAGCUGGAAGUCAGAAACACAAAUGACAAAAAACUUGGACGAAUGUCUUUCAUUGACCUGGCGGGUAGUGAACGAGCUUCUGAUGUGACUGACACAGACAAACAAACUCGCAUGGAGGGAGCCGAAAUUAACCAAAGCCUCCUGGCGCUGAAGGAGUGUAUUCGCUCCAUUGACCAGGAGAGUAAACACAAGCCGUUCCGCCAGAGCAAGCUAACCCACAUCCUGAAGGAUUCCUUUGUGGGGAAUUCCCGUACCUGUAUGAUCGCUAAUAUCUCCCCCAUCCAGUCCUCAUGUGAACACACACUCAACACUCUCAGAUACGCUGACAGGGUGAAGGAACUACGACGUGAAUCCUCCUCAGGGAUGAGAGCCAGCACAGCCAGUAACAUCCUAAUGAACAUCCCACUGACAGCGCCAUCUGUGUUCCAGCCUGGAAACAUCCUGUGUUCCUCCACCCCUAUCAAACCCAAAGCAACCAGACACUCCGUGGCCCGGGCAUCCAUGCAGGAUCUCCAUCUGGAUCCCAAUGAAACCCCAAUCAAGGGUCACGGGGUCAAGAGGAAGACCAAGCCUGCGUCUGCCUCCUCCUCAACCUCCUCUGUCACCAAACCUCAGAUCCGAAAGCCUAGUGCUACUGUGGCUAGUCGCCUGUCAGUGGUCAGGCACACACCCCCACCCCAGGAGACAAUGAGGGUCAACCCCCAGCAACAGCGCCCUCUUGAGGACAGUGACUCCAAUCACACUGACUCAGACUCCUGUAAUGUCAGCGAGAAACGAAAUGUGAAACCAACCAAAGACAUUCAUGUGAUAAAAUCUACAGACACAGAAAAUGAUUUCCCUACGACUGAUUUCAAUAAUGAGGUGGAACUGAAUGACUUAAACAGAACAGGAGGACAAAAUGGUCCUCCUGUUGGUGAUGUUCUACAGAGUGUGCCCUCGGUGAAAAAUGCUAGAGUUCAUUUGUCUUCCUCCGGUCACCCUUUACCUGUCAUUGAGAACCAAGAAUAUUCAAAUCCUAGCGCUGGUCGUUCGUCCAAACACAGGGGGGCCUCACCUCAGAGGGGGACCUCACCACAAAGGGGGACCUCACCUCAGAGGGGAAACUCUCCCCAAGGUCCAUCACGCCCUAGUCCUCCCGUCCUCAGAAAGAAGAUUUACACAGAUCCUUCUACUCAGUCCUCAUCCAACAUGGCUACAGAGGCAAGUCAAAGAAAUCCAGUCAGGAACUUACCCUUGAACAAUAACUUUAUGACAAACACCAACAAUAACGUCCCUAGGGUGUCUGAGGUGUCUCAGAAUAACUCAGGAAGGACUGAGAAUUCUGGGAAACCUGUGCUAAGACAUUCCCCUGUAUCGCUGGAAAGUUUUGCUGAUGAUCUGUUGUUUGAUGGGGGUCCUGGUCCCUCCUCUCCGUCACAGAGAACACCUAGAACCCCCGGCACUGGGGAUAUGAACUCCUUGGUGUUGGGCCUCAGUAGGGGGAACAGCGUUCAACUGAAGACCCCACAGGACCCCUCUGUGGACCCCGUUCUGCCUGCUGUCAUGACAGCAAAGAGUAGUGACUUGACAACAUUUUCACAAAGGUCUCCUGGCAGAUUUGGAAGAUAUAACCCGAAUCCCCCUCCCCCUCCAUUUUCCCUGGCCCUGGUAAACCCAACAGAAUCUCAACCCCGAAUACUACGUACUCCGCCCCCCUGUCAACCUGAGGUUCAGGAUGGGGUAGAGUACUACACUCCUCCCCGCCAGUAUAGGGACAGGGAUACCCCUCCCACUCAGCAGAAUCGGAACUCAAGCCCGUAUCAGAGGUACGAUGAACGAAGAGUUCCAACCCCAAAGGAAACUCCUCCCCAGGAAAGGAGGAAGCUAGAUGGCAGAGGUACGCCUGGGUCUGAAGAUGGGUACCAGUCAUAUGACAAUUCGGGCAACAACGAGGUCGAGUUCACUCAAAACGGUCAGUAUACUGGAUCUAAUAUUGAACAUGAUGUGGAUGAUGGACAUAAUGUAGACAGGAGGAAUUCAGGACAGAUGGACAGUGAGAAAAGAGAUGGACAGUUUGUAGAUUUUUACAACGGACAAGAGAAGCCCUCAUUGGUUGAGGUGGACCCCCUCUCCACCAAUGACUGGUACAGCACCCCUGCUAACCUCGCAGUACACAUCUACUCCUCAGUCCAAAAGUCGACCUCCAACCUAGACUAUCACCUUCACCCCGCCACGGUGCAGACUAAACCGGACCACGAGAUGCCAGAGAAACCUUUGGAGGCUGACAAGGACAUAAAUGACAAGUUUGAUACAGGUCUCAGUGAGUUUCUACCCAUUCAGAAAAGAUCUGGUUACUAUGAUGAUAAACCUGCUACAUCAAGGAAAGAUGUGGCCUCCAGAUUGCGGUCUGUAUUUUUUAAAGAUGCCUCAGAUAGACCACAGCAGCCAUCAACUACCGUCCCUAGUCCUGUUUAUAAAUCUAACGUGUCCUCAUCGAGUGACUACAGAGAAGCAACAUCUACACACACCACGGCCAGGCAAGACAACACACAGACCAAACACAGGGGGACGGACGACAGGAGUGGAGCCGACACCUCGGGAAGCAGUCAGAGUUCCUCCAACAGAUUCAAUAGCUCUGCUAUCAAAACAGAGAAGCUGGAGGGAGGGGGUAGGACAGGCUCAGCCUUUCUCCCCAUUCACCCCCAGCCAGUGACCAGCACCCCAGUCACCAAACACCUGGUUGACCCAGGGACCAAGGGUAAGCCUGUCCCCCAGGACUCGGACCAGGAGCCCGGGCAGGCAGAGGAAGAUAGUCCCCAGACAGACAACAGGCAGAUGAUUAUUUCUGCCCAUGAGGAACAGUUAGCAACAAUUACCUCCCUUUGUAAACAGGAAAUGAAGCUGUUGCUUGGGGCCAAGGCAGGGCAAAGAAAUGACAGCGAGUACAUUAGAAAAAUCAGCCACAUUUUGACUCAGAAACUCAAGGCCAUUCAGAUCCUACAAGACAAGAUAGAACACUACCAGUCAUCGACCGUCUCUUACUGAGAACGAGGCUCCAGGACUGGUCCAGGAUCACCCACUUACAGCUCGUCUAUAGGCUCGUCUGUGAUUGUUUAAAACACGGGACAGUGACGUGUACUUUACUGCAGUGCCGUAGAACAUUUAUUAAAUUUCUGAAAUGUUUCAUGAGCGUAUUUGCAGAAGAAAUAUAUCCAUUGUGAUUGUAAUAUUAUCGUAAUUCCGUCCAACAAUUUCAUAAAACAUAGUAUUUCUAAUGGGAGAAGUUUUUUUUAAUUUUUGUAAUGAGCAUCUGAGGAAUUGACGUUUUCUUCCGUCAUAAAUCUGCAAGCUCCUACAAAUAAAUUGGGAGAAGUCAAGAAGAGGUCUAAACUCACAGCUGUACACUCUCCACAGGCAGCCAACCAACUUCCUCUUUUUUUCUGAAACAAAUGAUGAGCCACACGGAAAUGUGUUUUGAUAUUGAAAAUAAUGCAGUGAAAUUGUAAUCAAUAUUUACGGCUCGUCAACUGCUACAUGCUGACAUUUGAUCACAGUCACAGUAGCUAGUCUAGUAGAUGAAACCCGCCCUAUCAUUUACAUGACAAUGUAUUAACGAGGAUGGAAAAAGGGAAUAUUUGUAUUUUUUUUUUACCUAAAGAUGGUCAUUUGGUCAGACCAUUUUCGGAUGUUUUUCAGUUGCUUAACUUUUGAAAGCUCACUCAUCGGUCUUUACAUGUACCAGACGGGAAGUGAACUUCAUUAGUGUCCAUACUGCUUCCUGUAAAACAUACCGGGAACGCCCCUACUGGACUGAAUGUCGCGUUCUGGAAAUGUUUCUUCUUACGAGAAGCCUUAUUAUACUAGUUCACUAUAUGGUGGUAAUGGGGGGGGGGGGGGGGGGGUUGUCACACUGUACUGAGCUAGAUAUGAUAAGGUCAAAUGUAUACAAGUGGACUUGCUCCAGUCACCUGACUUCGUUCAUAAAAAUAUAUAUAUUAAAAUAUAUGGUGAGCCACAUAAUCAUAUAUUAGAACCAUUUUAACACGAGCUUGGGCUUUGGGUAGUUGUGUCAAACAGCAAUGUGACGUAAGCUUGUCUAUUUCAUUGUAGGCCACUCAGUCAUGGCUCUUUCAAAUCAACAAGAUUUGUCUGGCUUUUGAUCUAGAUCUACGCAAUUUGUGUAUAUUUCAUGUGAAACCAGCGUCAUUCUUGACUUUUUUUAUGCAAGAAAAAGAUAGUUACAUCCAUCCGAAAGUCCAAGGUCUUGUUAAAAUGGUUCUAGCACUUAGUAAAGCUUUUUAAGUGUGUAGACCAAUAUUUUGGAGAAAGGGUUUAUUUUCUUUUGUAUCUGGUCACGUGAUAUAAUCGCGUUUGGAUGGUCUCCGUUUCAUACAGUGUUCCUUGUUACGUUAAUUACAUUGUUUAGUUUUGUGUUAAUGAAAUUUAUUUAUAAUAUAUAACUUUAUUUAUUUACAUUUGUCAAUAUCUCAGUAUUUCAUGAGAAGAAAUUAAAUAAUGACAAUUUUG